AUGCCGGCGAGAUUUGUAAUUUUGACGGAGCAUCAGCCCAUACUCUCUGAGAAGCUGCGGUCUUAUGACACGGCAGAUGCCAAGGGACGCAAGACUCUGGUUCAGAGCUUGCGCCAGAAGCUGAAGACACAGUUUGUCGACACGUCAAAUUAUGACGACAUCAUUGUGGAAACUAAAAUCCGAGAGUGGCUCAAUAACCACACCCGCCAUGCGCAGGAGAAAGUGACGAAAAAGCGUAUGCAUAUUUCUGGCAAGCCCAAUGCCUUCAAGGUGUGGGAUGCACUGGAGAGGGACAAGGUGACUGAGGCCGCGCGAGCACUCGCGGCAGAUAAGGGUUGCAAUGUCUCCAAGGUGUGGAGAGUCGCACGGAGUGCCGAAUGGGCAAAACUGUCCGAGGAGGAGCAGAAGGUGUAUGAGGAAAAGGUGGAAAGUUGGCGCAAUGGCACUCUGGAUGAUAAGACGAAAAUGAAGCUGAGAGAGCAGCGAAUGAUGCAAUAUCUGAAGAAGUUUGCCAAGACUAUGUGGGACACCAUGGGCAUUCGCAUGGCAUUCAUGCUAGCAUAUCCGAAGGAAGCGGGGAGUCUGAAGGUAGAGAUGGUGGAGGUCAACCACGCCAUCACCAAUGGAACUCCAUUCAGGGCCUAUCCUGGGUGGCUGCAUGCUUACCAGCCUCUAGCAAAGGUGUUCUCUGAGUGGGCCAAAGGCGAAUAUGGUGUGACUGAGACUACGGUGACGGUGAAGAAGACACCUGCCGAUUGCAUGCGGGCCAUGGACAAGAUUCAGUUGACGGCCAACGGUUUUCCUCUGCUCCCGUCGGUGCCCGAAGGUAUGGCGGAAGCGCCUCUCAAGGUGAUGAAGGUACAAGUUCGAGACUUCAUGAAUCAUCACUACGCAUUGGCGAAGGGUGUUCGGAACUGCAAGUCGCCAUGGACGAAGCUGAACAGCAUAGACGACAUCAAUGAGGUUAUUCCAGCGGAGAUGCUACCUGAGAACUUCCAGUGGAUCGAUCCCUCAAAGAUGACAAGUGUUCCUGUUCGUGCCCUCCUCGACCACUGGCGGGCACGCCAAGAGGAACAUGGACCUGAGCAGACCAUGCGAUUCACCCAGUACUUCAACAAGGAUGGCGAAGCUGCUCCCGCCAAGUAUGAUCCUCUUCCACCACUUGACGGAUCAGCACAGGCAUUAGAAGAAGGAUCUGAACAUGAGGUCCAAGAAGCACUCACACCGAAGAAGGCGGGGAAGGCGAAGAAGAAGGGUAAACCUGUGCGCAAGGUCACGGGAAAGGCGGCAUCGAAGGCGACAAAGGGCAAAGCGGCCCCUGGCGGAGCCAAAGGCGGUGGGCGUAAAGGCAAGAUGAAAGAUGCAUACGACUCGGAAGAUGAUGCCAGAAGCAGCCAAGACUCUGAUCAGAGUUCGCCAGAUAUACCCAGCAUGGCUUCCGAAGAAGAUACGGCCAGCGAUGAAGAUUCAGGGGAUGGCGAGAGCGUGAUUGCGAAUAAAGCGAAGGGCAAGGCAGUCACCACCACCAAUGGACGUAAGGCUAACAAUGGUGGUGCACCUCAAGCGAGUGGUAGCGGCGGUGCCAAGACGAAGGCAAAGCGAGGUCUCCAAGACCUUCCUCUGGGUGAACUGCACAGAUUUGACACAGAGGAGACCGAUGAAGCAUGGAGUGAACUGAAGCCCAGUACAAAGGAGCUCAGGCUUGAGCUUCAAGGCCGAGCCCCGCAUCUCACUGGCGGGAGUACUGUGGGGAGUACUGUGCCCCACCUCGUCAAAAGGAGAGACGUGUUUCUCGCCACCCUUUCCAUCGAACCGCGAUACCAGGAUAUGCUGAAGCAAGUCAAGAUUGCGACUGUGCCCCAGGUGUAUCGUUUCGCCAGGUAUGAUCCGAUUCCCUGGAGUGAAUGGUCAUAUGGCCAGCGCUACCUCCCGCCGUCAUUUCAUGCGGUGGACAACUUUGACAUCAUCGAGAACUGGUUGGGCGACAAACCAUGGCUGACAAAAUAUCGGUUCUUACAUCCACAGGGCGUACAACAAUCUGCACUCGUGAUUGGUAUGGCGCUGAGGGACCUCACACGAUCUCAGUUCAUUGAGGAGGGCGAACCGACCAACCUUCCCGACUAUGUGGUGAACUCGGCGAUCUCAUUUGAUGCAGUAGAGCAGCUGCUUCGCUGUUGCGAGAUCAUUACCUUGGACAUGGUGGAAGGGAACGUCACCCAUGCCAUGGUGAAGCCAGUGAGCAAGCCUGCCAUACGCGGUGCCCCACAAGGUGGCGAUGGCCUUGGGGGCCAGGAGGAGCAGGAAGGUGAUGCCUCUGCAAGAACUCACGAUGGCGCUGCUACUGCUGCCAAAGUUCACAAGGCUCACCAGCCUGCCCCCAUGGCUGACAAACCAAUCAUUCCAAGUGGAGGAGACGAAGGGCCACGCCAGGAGACCGGUGGUGGGGCCUCUGACGAUGGCGAAGAGGACGAUGCACACUUGUCCGUACCUAGCAGUGGUGCUGAACGACCACCACCGCCUCCGUUUAUACCUAAGACGAGGAAGGCCGCAGCCACGGAAGACCGUCCAUCAGGUCAAGCCAAAGCUCUCCAGGGAAGGUCGAUCACCGAUGCCCUUCAGAGUAAUAUCCCCGGCAGGAUCACUCGCAGUCAGCGUCAAGCGAUGGAUGAGUCGCCCGCCAAGAAUACCCGCAGUCAGCAUCCACUAGGAGCUGUGAAAGAUUUGAAGAAGCUUCCUGAUCCAAAGCGGAAACGUCAACCAGCACGUCCCGAGCCCGAUGGCGAAGACAGCUCUGGCGAAGACAAUCCGCCACCUCGGAAGCGUGGACGUGGUACUCGGGAUGAGUUGGUAGUGGCCUCGCCGAGGAAGAAGAAUGUGAGGGCCGAGGACUCGGAUGAUGGUGACAAGCCUCCCGCAAAGCGAAGACGAGCUCUGCCUCAGACCCCAGAGGUCAAGGACAAGGGAGAAACCAAGCUGAAGCCGGUCCGUCUGGGGAAAGCAGCUGCCAAAGUGAAAGAGAGUGGCCAAGUUGGUGCAGGUCGCAAGACCCGCAGUGGUGGCACCAGACCUUGA